ACUGUCUGGUUGCCCGGGCCAGACUGAGAGGGGCAGGGAGCCACACGGACUGGAGCUGCGGCCAGACAUGGGCCGCCCGGGGCUGCUGCCGCUGCUGCUGCUUUCGCUUCAGACCUGCGUUCCAGCCUCCUGGAGCCUGCAGUGCAUGCUGUGUGGGAGGAUCGGGAAGUGCCAGGUGGAAGAGUGUGCCCGUGGCCAGGACCUCUGCAGGACCACCAUCAUGCGCAUAUGGGAAGGAGGUGAAGAGCUGGAGGUGGUGGAGAGAGGCUGUGCCCACCCAGAGAAGAGCAACAGGACCAUGAGCUAUCGGACAGGCAUGCAGAUCAUCACUCUUACGGAGGCCCUGUGUGGGACUGACUUGUGCAACCGACCCACCCCUGGUCGGACCUCCACCUUUCCCCGAAUCCGAAGCCGUUACCUUGAAUGUGUUUCCUGCGCCUCAUCAGAUCUGAGCUGUGAGAGGGGCUGGGACCAGAGCCUGCAAUGCCGCAGCCCUACAGAACAGUGCGUGGAAGUGGUGACCCACCGGAGCCUGGAAGAAAGUCUAAGGGACGAGCACCACACCCGCGGCUGUGGCAACCUUCCGGGCUGCCCAGGCCCCACCGGUUUCCACAACAACCACACCUUCCACUUCCUGCAGUGCUGCAACACCACCAAAUGCAAUGGAGGCCCAGUCCUGGAGCUUCAAAACCUGCCUCUGAAUGGCCUCCAAUGUUACAGCUGUGAGGGGAACAGCACCCAUGGAUGUUCCUCCGAGGAGAUUUCCCUGACCGCCUGCCAAGGCCCCAUGAAUCAAUGCCUGGAAGCCACGGGCACUAAUGGGCUGGGCAACCGGAGCUACACAGUACGAGGUUGUGCAACUUCCUCAUGGUGCCAGAGUCUCCACGUGGCUGAAGCCUUCAGUCUGACCCUUCUCAAUGUCUCAUGCUGUACUGGAAACGGCUGUAACCACCCAGUCCUGGGUCACCAGCCCCGCAUGGGCGGGGCCCCCCGGCCCGGUCCUGCCCACCUCAGCUUCAUGGCCACCCUGCUUAUAACUGCCAGACUGUGGGGAGGCACUCUCCUCUGGACCUGACGCCCCACACUCCCCCUUCCCUGGCUGGAUCCAGAGGAGCCCUUUGCCCUCCCCUCAGCUCCCAGCCCUGCUGACUUGCUGUGUGACCUCAGGCCAGUGUGCUGCCCUCUCUGGGUCUCACUUUGCCCAGCUGUCUCAUGGAGUUGCAGAACCAGGGGAGAAAAGCUGGAGAAGCCUGCAGGCCAGCAGGAGAGGUCUUAUGUUAGCAUUGUUGUACCAUUGUUGUCAUUAUUAAUAUUUGUUUUAUUUAAUAUUUUAUACUUAAAUAAAGAUUUUUGUACCAGAGAA